AUGUACACGCAUCUCCGCUGGAAUGUUCCCGUUCAGCCAAACUCGAGCGCAGGCGUUCUUUCCCUUGUUUUGGUAUUGGCGGCCGCAGCCGUGCCGGUGACGCGCCGCGUGGCGACGGAGGAUCCAUUGAGGCCGUCCUGCGUUACUGUGGAAGACCCCUUCGAAGAUCUCCGGGAUGUAAAGAUCUACGCGUUGGUUUACUACGGAAGGCGGACCUAUGUGGACAUUCUUAAUGCCUACCUGGAGCGAAAUCUCCGAGAGAAUGGAGGGGUUCUCGAUGGUGUGAUCUUCGCGAUGGUGAAGUACACCAUGGAGGACAUGAACUAUUUAGUUAUGCUUCACCGGCGCAACCCGAAGAGCUACAUAAUUCCCUGGCACAUGCAGGGGGGUGCAUGGGAUGUAAUAUGGCGCCUUGCUGACCAGCCAGGGGCAUAUUACAUCAAGAUCGAUGACGAUGUUGUCUACAUCGCCGACGGUGCCAUUGCUGAAAUGAUCCGGGAAAAGCGUCGUGGGAGAUUCCUUUUCGUGUCUGCAAAUGUUGUUAACCACGGUAUUCUUUCGGCGGUGCAUCAAGAAACAUCUGCGAUUCCGCACCUGGUGAAGCCACCGAUUCCGGAGGGCCAGACGCCACAAGAACAAAAGCUGGGUCCCUGGAUCUUCAAAAGCGAUUUGAUGACAGAUCCAAAGUACCGCAUCGAGCAUACCUUCUAUUCAGACUGCGUGUGGAGGCGCUGGGACUGCGCCGCCCUGGUCCACGAGGCGCUGCUCUGGCGCUUGGAGCAGAAUUCCGCCUGCCUCUUUGAUUUCGGCAUCUUUGACUUCCACGCGCAUGGCUAUGAGACCAUGCAUGAUGGAAUUGGUCGUUCCAUCGACUGGAACGACAACUUUUUCGCUUUUCAGCACGAAGACUUCGAUGAUAUUGAUUGGGAGGGCGUAGCCACCGAUGAUGAACGUCAGAUGAGUACCCUGCACCCCAAGCAGCGGGGGGAGCACGCAGGGGCGCUGGGCAGCGCUAUCAUCGCCCACUGGACCUUCUCGAUCCAGGAGAAGGGCCUGCUGGCCAACACGACGCUCCUCGAACGCUAUCGAGCACGUGCAGAGAUCAUUAUGCAGGAGAACGCUGAGAAGUUUUAUUUCGGAGAGUUUCAGCCCCGCGGGCAUCUGUGGGAGAGAUAG